CUUAAUUUCAUAUAUUUCAUAUACAAUACAUGUUUAUUAGGGUAAGGAAAUUGUUAAUUGACCAACGUAAAUUUUAGUUCACGGAUUAGAUUAAGGGGUGCAUAAAGUAAUUGUCCACAUGAUUAUACUGAUCUCUGAUUUUUCUUAUUUUCAAGUUUCUUUAAAUCAAAAUGAGUAAACAACAAGCAACCUCUCAGGAUUUUGCAGCAAUACAACAUCAUUUAGCUCACGAUAAUCAUGCAAACCGAAAAGCGAUGCUUGAUUUUAUUGCUAAUGAUCCAAUUUACAUUCCUCGAUAUAAUAAUAAACUUGAAUUUGAACGAGAACUUGCCUUGCAACGUUUGAAAAAACUUGCUGACAAAGGAUUUAUAUCUGUAUUUGACUUUGAAAAAAACCCGCUCAAUAUUUUUGCUGCACAUGAGAUAGCCGGUAUGGUCGAUGGAUCUAUGGGUACAAAGAUGACAGUUCAAUGGAACCUUUUUGGUGGAUCAGUUAUUAAACUUGGAACUGAACGUCACCGAAAUCUUCUUCCUGGUGUGGAUAACCUGCAUGAUAUAGGAUGUUUUGCAUUAACUGAACUAGGUUAUGGUAAUAAUGCGGUAGAAAUGGAAACUAUUGCUAUAUAUGAUGAUAAUAAAAGAGAAUUCAUCAUUAAUACUCCAACACCAUUGGCUCAAAAAUAUUGGAUCACGAACUCUGCUGUUCAUGCAAAAUGGUCUGUUGUUUUUGCUCAAACUAUAAUUCGUGGUAAGAAUGAAGGAAUACAUGCAAUCCUUGUCAGAAUUCGUGAAGAGGAUAUGAAACCUUCAAAAGGGGUCGUUAUUGAAGAUAUGGGUGUCAAAUUUGAAUGUAAUGGGGUAGAUAAUGGCAAAUUAUGGUUCAAGAAUGUACGAGUUCCAGUACAGAAUCUUUUGAAUCGAUUUUCUGAUAUUGACGAAAAUAACAAUUUUUCAAGUGUCGUCAAAAAUCGUCGGGAUCGAUUUUUAAAAGUAGCCGAUCAGCUACUUUCUGGUAGAUUGGCUAUCGCGUCAUUAAACUUGGGAGGAACUAAAACUUGUAUAUCCAUUGCAUUCAGUUAUGCAAGCACUCGGUUAGCCGUUGGACCAAAUGGAAAGAGCGAUACGCCAAUUUUAGAUUACCAGCUUCAACAACGUGCGUUGCUACCAUUAUUGGCUACGACUAUUGCAUUAAAUAUCGGUUUGAAUCAUUGUAAAGUUAGGUGGUUAGAACAGACGGAUAGAGACGUGCCAGAAGUUGUAAGAUUAUGUUGCGUAAUAAAACCUUUAGUAACCUGGCACUAUGAACGCGUUGCUUCUAUUUGUAGAGAACGAUGUGGUGGUCAAGGAUAUUUAAGUGUUAACAGAUUUGGAAGUUUUAUUGGAUUCAGUCACGCUGGGAUGACGGCUGAGGGUGAUAACAGCGUACUUAUGCAGAAAGUUUCCAAGGAAUUGUUGGCGGGGGUACAAUCUGGCUCUGUUAAAUUACCCGUUGUGUCAGAUGCCGAUAGUGCUCAGUCGUGGGAUAUCUCUAAUUUAGAUAAUCAGCUUAAAUUAUUCAGACUCAGAGAACAAUUAUUGGUUAAAGAGUUGGGAGCAAAAAUGAAUAAGAAAACAUCAUCGGGAGUUUCCGUCUUUGAAGCAUGGAUGAAGCAAGAAUCUGAUACAAUUCAAGCAUUAGCUAGAGCGCAUGGUGACAGAAUAGUUCUUGAACAAGUUGUUGUGUCUAUUCAAAAAUUAACAGGCGGAUCGUCCAAAAUACUUGCGGAUGUUGCUCGUCUUUAUGCUCUUACUCAAAUUGAUGCAAAUCUUUCGUGGUAUAUUAUUAAUCGGUUAAUUUCUGUACAGACUGCUGCGACUGUACAACCAUUAAUCCGAGAGAUUGUUAAAGACUUAGCUCCAUACAACAAGCAACUUAUUAAUGUUUUAGGAGUUGAUCCACGUAUUCUCUAUGCCCCAAUUGCGAAUGAUUGGGUGAAAUAUAAUGAAACUGAUAAUCAAGGUGAAUUAUUAAAGGAUCUAUCGGUUGGAAUGCAAAGCAAAUUGUAAUUUGUUUCGGAAUUUAAUUACCUUUAUUUUCGGUUAUUAAUACUGUUAUACUAUGUAGUUUCUCAAAUAUAAUGUAGACUUUAACGCACAAAUUAAAUUAUUUAUUCAUAUAAACGACUCUUUAUUGAGAAUUAAAUCUUUUAUUUUUUUUUAUUGUUCUGAUUUUGAAAAAG